AUGGCUAACGUCAACAGUACUAACAGUGACGUGGUAAUGGCGUUAAGGUUGCUAGGCAUGCAAACGGCUGCUUCGGAAGCUGUAUGUAUGUAUGGAUGCGAAGCCAACUCCAACGCUCUCACUAAGUACUGCCAGCUGCACAUUCUCAAGAAUAGAAAGCAUAAACUCUACAAAGUUGGCCCAGGAUAUGGCAAUGGUGUUUUGCGUAAGACGGAUCCAGAGUUCGCCUUGAAGCAUCUACCUGAUGAAUCUCUUAUUCAGCUGAUAAUACACGGUUCUUUUUGGCAUCUCAAGGAGUCUUGA